CCCCGCCAUUCCUCACCCCAUCCUCACCAUGUGAGCUCCGCUACACCACAAGAAUCCAGCCGCAUGCCCGGCAGAAAUUCUUGCUAGAACUCUACCGCUUAUCGUUGCGGCUCUAUUGAAUCAAAAUGCUGCUGCUCGGCCUGACAGGCUCCAUCGCGACCGGCAAAUCCACCGUCUCGGCCCUCCUCUCGCGCCCACCCUACUCCCUCCCCAUAGUCGACGCCGACCUCAUCGCCCGCCAAGUCGUCGAACCCGGCACCGCAGGCUACCAUGCCAUCGUGCGCCACUUCCAGCCCACGACGCCCGACCUGCUCCUCCCCGAAUCGACGCCGAAAGGCCCCCCGCUCAACCGCCCUGCGCUCGGUCGCCGCGUCUUCGGCGGAGGGGAUGAGCGCGAGCGCGAUCGCAAAGUACUCAAUGGCAUCGUGCACCCGGCUGUGAGGAGGGAAAUGUACAAGCAGAUGGUUUGGGCAUAUCUGAAAGGUCAUUGGGCCGUCGUGCUAGACGUUCCGCUCCUCUUCGAGAGCGGGUGGGAGAGGUAUUGCGGGACGAUAAUGGUAGUCGGCGUCACCGACCCAAAGAUCCAGAUGAGGAGGCUGAUGGACCGGGAUUCUCAUUUGACAGAGGAGGAUGCGCGGAAUCGGGUGAGCAGUCAGGGCGAUGUGAGGGAGAAAGCGGAGAGGUGUCUGAGGAGGGGGCCAGGGAGAGGUGUCGUGGUGUGGAAUGAUGGUGGGAAAGAGGAGUUGGAAAGGGAGGUUGCGCGGGUUAUGGAGCAAGUCAGGAGGGGGAGCCCUAGAUGGUGGGGGGUCUUGCUUUGGGUAGUGCCGCCGUUGGCAGCUGCGGCGGCGGCUGUGAGUUGGUGGAAGAUGAAGAGGGUACAGCGUGAAUGGGAAGAGGAGAAGAAGAAGGCAAAGUGAGCCACCGCGGAUAUGUGGUUGAGGGGAGGCCAGGAAUCGGUAGAUAUCCUAUUUUAUUUUAUACGGUGCUAGUUUGCUCUCUCCUCUUGCAGUCUGUCCUUACA